AUGAUUCAUUCUAGGAGCUUUCAGAGAACGAUUGACAUCGCUCAGAGAGCAAGCAAAGUGUCACGCGGCCAGCAACGAUGCUACAGAAGAAGCAAUCCGCCUAGAGUAGCUGUUGCAUCUAGAUCAUUACCCAGGAAUGGAGCGGCAGCCUUCCUUCUUUCUCUUACUGUUGCUGGUGGAUGUCUUUACACUCUUGGAUAUCCAACGUCCCUUCACGCGGAGGCUGCUCCAGCACCAGCGGAAGUCACGUUUGAGAAGCCACGAAGAAAAAGUACCUCAAGAGAAGAGAAUAGAGAUUUGAUAAGCUCACAGCACUUGCAAGUAAAAAAGAGUUGGGAGAAUCCUGGGGUGUAUGCUUGGGGUUCAAAUACCGGGAAGGUAGUUGCUCCUGACUCAGAUGAGCCAAAUAUCAAAACUCCUCAGAGGAUCCCUUACUUCGACGGAAAGUUGAUCAGAGACAUCAAACUGGAUAGGAACUUCGGAGCCGCAAUCAACGAGAAUGGAGACUUGCUACAAUGGGGGAAGGCCUUUUCGAGUGGCUCCUCACAGCCCACGCCAACGUUGAAAGGGAAGAACUUAAUCAAACUUUCAGUUUCGCGAGACAGGAUUAUUGCCUUGAGCGCAAGCGGCACCGUCUAUUCGGUCCCAGCAAUUCAAGCGGAUCAGAUAUCAGGACCAAAGCCGUUAGAGAGUUCAUGGUUUCCAUUCUGGAAGAGUAAGUCAAUGAUCAGCUAUAGAGAGCUUCAACCUAGCAAUAUGGCCUGGGGAGAAAAAGUACAGGACGUCAGCAGUGGACUUGAGCACUGUCUCAUUUUGACAUCGAAGGGACGAGUCUUCUCGGCCGCCUCAGGAACCGAGGAUUUCCCUUCGAGAGGACAAUUGGGAGUUCCGGGAUUGACUUGGAGUACCAGGCCAAAAGGUCCAUAUGAUCAACCACACGAAAUCAGCACUUUGAAAGGCUUUGAAAUAGAGAAGAUAGCAACCGGCGAUAAUCACUCUCUGGUUCUUGAUAACCAAGGCAGAGUGUUUGCUUUUGGCGACAACUCAACCGGACAACUAGGAUUCGACCCCGAUUCUGAAUCGCCGUUCAUCGAUGCCCCUUCACUAUUGCCAAUUGAGAAGCUGUAUAAAGGCACGAAUCUGCGUCCAAGAGUUACCAACAUCGCAGCUGGAGGCGUCAACAGCUUCUUCACAAUUGACGCAACAAGAAUUGCGGGCCAAGGCGAGGAGGACCCCCGAGGUUUAGGACGAGUAACAGCGGAUACAUGGUCUUGCGGACAGGGCAUCUGGGGCGGAUUAGGAAACGGCAGAUGGACUCAUGUCCAAGGAACGCCCACCAAAAUCAAAGCUCUCUCUGGUCUCUUCGAAUACGACGAGGCAGCCAAUCGUGUGAUCCCAAUCCGUCUCGCCCAUCUUUCCGUUGGCGCAACACACGCCGCAGCAACCAUGAACAACGUAGUCCACCUUGCAGCCGACCAUCGAAGUUCCAUAAAUGACACAAACUGGGGCGCGGAUGUGCUGUGGUGGGGAGGAAAUGAGCAUUACCAGCUCGGCACUGGAAAGCGAAAUAACGUCAGUAAUCCGGUGUAUAUCCCUCCUAUGGAUGUCGCUGCCGAUAAAGAGAAAGGGAGGAGAGAGGAGCACAGGUUUCAGAUUACGCCGAGGAAGAAGGUCAAGGUUAAUGGGAGGAAUGUCAGCGUUGAGCAGAGGAUCGAAUGCGGGAGGGGUGUAACGGCCGUCUAUUCUGGGACAUGA